UUUUAUUACCUUUCUUUUCCUUUUUUUUUUUUAUCCUUCUCUCAUCUUGUACAUUCACUUUUUUUUUUUUCCUUCGUUUCUUCCUCUCCAUUCCUUUCACUAUUCAUUCCUUUAUCUUGAUGGUUGGUACAUUCUUCUCAUGAAAUCUAUAUCCAAAUACAAACAAUGGCUGAAAAACUUGACACUAGACUCAAAUAGCAACAAUAUUACUAACAAUACUACUCAUUCUAUUUCAACACCUUCGUUAACAACGACCUUGUCAACAAGAACAACUUCAAUAUCUUCCAAUGACUGGAGAACGUUAUCACCUGAUCAACCUCCACUUCCUACUCUUUUUUCCCAUUCUGAAGCAACAACUGUAACUCCAGGUGCCGGAUUGGCUCCUAUGUUCGAGCAUCGACCUUUCGCCUUUACUCCUCUUACUACUGCACUUCAAAAUCAACAACAUCAUUAUCGACACAGUCCCUUUUUAUCUGACACUUGUUCUCGACCUUUGGAUCCCAUCCUUGAAGAAAACGAAUCAUCAGAGAUCAUGACUUCAAAGGUUUCUACGAAUAAUGAUUCUGCUCUCAACACCAACAUACCAUCACCAAUAUCAUCAACCUCAUCAUCAGCGUAUCCCUCAGUACAAACAAAGUCAAAAUCUGAGCAUGAACCCUCAUCAUCACGUCCAGAAACACAACAACAGGAACCACAACGGACCAGUACAAGUAGUAACAGUUCAAAUGGAUCAGUUGUUUCUUGUGGAUCACCACCACUUACCAUUAAUACAAUCUGGCAUCAUCAACGUCAAUCAUCAGAUGAAAUAGGAUCUUCUUCUCCAAUGAUUGGAAAUGAACUUCAAUGCAAACGGAAAUUCUCAAAAAUGGUACAAGCAACUUAUCGAUUCCAAUCGAAAACAAAUAUACCUUCCUAUAUGCAAGCUAUUUUUGAAAAGGAUCAAGUCCAUGGUAUACGACUUAUUUUAUCGAAUGGGCAACAAUCUCAUUGUCCUUUUACUGGAAAUCCGCAGUAUAUUCCUCCUGAAAUGUUUAUUCGUCAAAGUUGCAGCGGUGGAUUAUCAGAUGUAUGGGUGUUGGGUAUAUCACUCUAUAGAAUGUUAGUAGGUAAUUAUCCAUUCAAAGCAACGGAUGAUCGGAAAUUAGUGAGCAAAAUGUUACAUGCAGAUUUCAGUAUACCAGAUCAUUUAUCAGAAGAUGUCAAGGAUUUAUUAAGAAGAAUGUUGGCACCAGAACAAUCCCGUGCUUCUUUGGAUCUUGUCAUGUUUCACCCCUGGCUCAAACCUUAUCGAAUAGUUAUAUCUACUGCAUCCUCAUCGGUACCUUCUCCAAGAAUCUCUUUACGUAUCAACAAGAAAAAACGAAAACCAAAAUGGCAACGCAUCAUCAACAAAACUUUUCGAUUUUUAUUCCUUGGCCCUUAUCCCCCUCCUACUAGACCUUAUCGAGAGCUGGCUCAUCUUGGUAAAUGAUAUCAUUUUUCAUCAGUUAUAUAUAUAUAUAGAUACAUAUACAUACAUCACCCUUUUAUUUAUCCGUUCGAUAUUUUAUACCCUUGUCAUCAAAAAAAUAUAUUCACAUAUAAAAUAAAAAAAA